AUGCCUGUUAUCUUCCGCAAGCUGACGAGGAAGUUCGUCAAUGUUCUUCGCAAAUCUCACGCCCAAGUAAACACAGCUCAGAAAACCUUGGCUCACCACGUUGCCGUUCUGAUAUCGGAGUUCUCCAAAACAGCAAAGAUCUGUGGCAAAGACGAGCUCGCGACGGAACUUCUACGAAGACUCACAGACGCUGGCCUUCUCCCUGCGAAGUUCGACAGCCCCGAGCACUCCAUCAAGACACUGGCGCAAAAGCUAGAAGACAUCGAGAUGCCAGCAUUGCUGUCCGAUACCGAAAUCUGCGCUUGCCCUGACUUUACCUUCGACAGAAACCUCGCCAUGGUGCCCCCAAUAGAGACGGCACGGGCGUCUGACGGCACCAAGCACCUCAGAUCCUGCUACCGACUGAAGCUGGAAAACGCCCAAGUCGUCCUGGUCACCCAGCGCCAUGCACUAUUUGCCGCGCGGAACGUCCGAGAGAUAUGCGUCGGUCUCUGCUUGGAUUGUGUGAAGAGGCCAGGCUCGCAACACAGAGCUGCUUGUCGGGUCGCUCAUCCGCAACCCUGGGUUCAACACGCUCGUGACGACCGCGACAGUGCGCGUGAGCUUGAUCUGGAUGUGUUCAGGGUCGAUAGGGGGCCUAGGGGUUUGCCGAGCGAUACGGGGAUCGGUGUUGUUGACAGAGAUAGGUUUUACAUGGGACUGCUGCAGAAUUAUCCCAGGCCGGCGUUUUGGAAGGACACUUGGUAG